AAUAAUCCUGAGAUAUCAUUCCGGCGCCAUAAACUAUACCACGUGAAGCCUUCCCUUCGCGCCGGAUGAAGUCGAUAAAUAUUGUGAUAGAACCGUCGUAAGUAACGCCGGAAUUUGUUUGCAAGCAUGUUGUAGUGCUUUGCAAACACUUUGUGAUAAAGGUCGCUUACGUUCGCGCUCAAUGGUUAAAGGUUACUAUGAUAGUAUAAUGGCCCGACUUUGAGGUUAGCUUGCUCGAGAGCUUGGCGGGAGAAUAAAGGUUCGGCUAAUGUUACUUCACACAAAAAAUGGACUUCGAUGCCGAUCUAUUUUUAAACUUCGUUCCUGUGAUCUCUGCGUCUGUUCUCACAUUCGUCGCAAGUGUCACGGUAUUUUCUAAACUAAGGAGCCGUUGGCCAGUCAAAGUCAACUGUUGGUUUUGCAAUGGCAAUACAAAAGUCCAGAGGCGGUCACUGGAUUGGUGGCUUUGUCCGCACUGCCAACAAUACAAUGGCUUUUCAGAAGACGGUGACUACAAUUAUGAAAUACCGGAGCAGCAUAAGAUAAACAAAAAAGUUUCUAAGCACAAGACUUAUUGUCAAAGAAAAGAUUUAUCCACUAACCAGAAUAGCCUUUGUAAAGAGUGUAACAGAAAAGAGGAGCUCAAGCUGUUGAAAUUACGAGAACUUGAAAAUUCUAUUGAUGUAUGUAAUGAUAAACAACUUGCAAGAUUUGAAAGAAGUUUUGAGAAGAAAUAUCCAUUGUGUCUACAAUGUCAAAGCAUUGUACAAACAGUAUUGCACAAACAGAGAGUAUGGCUUACACAAUACAAAAUGCUUCUUUAUAAACAGAAGCCCAUUCAAAGAAUAAUCGCUAAUCGAGAGAAGAUUGAAAGAAUCUUGCGCAUUAUUUUAUCAAUUCUUGCUUCAAUAUCCAUAUACUUCACUGAAGCUUGGUAUCUUCCACUAUGUGGGAUUCUAUUGCAAUUUAUCGUUUGUCUAGCUGUCCCAAGUGGUAAACGGCAUUCUGAUAUCUUUCCAAUACUUGGAUGGGCUUGUCUUACCUGGGUCAGAACAUUCUCGACCAUAACAGUUUUAAAAACAUUCAAAAUAUAUAUCAAUAAUGAUUGGGCAUUGGCUAAUGAUAAUACGUACCAGUAUUUUAUCAUAACCCUUGGUACAGCAGUAGGCUUAGCAAAUUUAAAAUUUCAAUCACACAAGACAAUUCAAAAUGGAUCUCUGACUUUUAAAAAAUUAGAAUCUCCUAACAGAAAUACGUCUUCAUCUCGAUCUCCGACACCAAAUACCUCAACACUGCUCAAUGAAGAAUCGAAUAGCAACAAAGAGCCCGUUAGAAACUUGUACUCUCCUGUAAAUAUAACUGAUACCCUUAUGACUCCUACAGCUGUAGAAACGCCAAUUCCAUUAAAGCCAAAUAAUGUUCCUCAGUGGUCAUUCGAGGGGAAUCGAAUUUCUCCAAACCAGUUUUCUUCUAGAGCACCGACUUUUGUUCCAAACAACGAAUAUUCGUUUUCGAAAGGCCCUGGUAGUCAGAACUAUUCUCUGAAUGACAGUGUCACGAGUCUGAAUUCCCUCUCUCUGGGUACACACGCAAAGGACUCGCCAUCACACUCGCCCAAAGUUUUCGAAACCAAAGUCUAUGGCACGACCUCUCCGGACUUGUUCAGCCUCAAACAGCGGCAGCGCAGCGCCCAGAAGCGGUCAAUUCUAGCGCCAGCGAAGCUGCGUUCAGUGACACAAACCUCUUGGGUUGCAGGUGGCUACUGGCAGGCGGGUAUCGACGCACCUACAUUGUCCCGCUCCUCGAGUCAGAGCUCGGGCAUAGGCUCGUCGGGUUCAAACUACGGCCCGUCAUGCGAGCCCUCAGUCCACGAGUUCGACCAAUGUUCCGUCGCUUCCGAACAGUGUUACUUUGCUCGGCCCGAGAGUCCGCUUUCAGCUAGGAGUUCCCUCACUGGUGUUGUAAAAAAGCGCAACAACUGCUCACCCAGGUGCCAUCAGAUGAUGCAUGAUACGGCCUAUGCCGAUGCGCUGCAGUAUCAUAUAAAAAAUGAGACCCAGUGCAGCGGACACACGACAAUAGUCACCAAUCCCGCCUGGCUACCGGUCCUGCUCUGUGGGUCUCUUAUUUUUAAUAUGGCAGUGUUGUGUGCCAUUCUACUGAAAUCUUGAACUUAUUGACCGGUAUUUGUCAGAUGGUGUGCAUCGAUUUAUAGUUCACUGUGUAAAUUAACGCUUUUUUCAUUAUCCAAAUGAAGUAAUUUAGAAAAAAAUUGAACAUUGAAGUUGAUAAGUACUUUUAUUCUUUAUAUUUAUUAAAAACGCGAUGGUUUUUUAUGACAUACUCGAGAUUAUUUAAAUAAUCGUUUAUUUUUUGACAUCUUAGUUUUCGUUUCUAUUUAAAAAUAGGUAUGUUACAUAUUACUUCGUAUAUAAGACGAAAAUAGUCAUUUUUACAUAAUCUUUAUAUGUAUGUAUGCUUAUUAUAUUUUUAAGACUUAGUGAAGUUGUACUGAAUUUGAAAAGUUACAAAUCAUUGAAAUUAUUUGUCCUGUAAAUACGUGUCCUUAUCAAUUUCAUAGCUAAAUUUAAAUUAUAAAACUGUGUAAAGCACAUGAACAUGAACCAUUUGUAUACUGACAAAGCGUAGGAUUUCACAGAUGAAUGUCGUUUUUCUUUGUAUAUGAUUUGAUCAGUGUGAUAGAAUGUAACUAUUGAAACACUAAUAUAUUGUCUUUAUAAGACUAUAUUUGUAGGCUGACAAAUGUCAUAAACGCCUUAAAAGGCAAAUCAACUUUUUUUUUCUUGUUGGCCUUGUUUUUCUAAUUGUGUAAAAUAAGAAAUUAGUUUUUCUUAGAGGUUUUGUAAUACGAAAUUUCAGGUCUCGUUUUAUCAAACCGUUGUUGAGUUGACUUGGUUAUCGAUUUUUAAAUUCGAAUCUAGCAAUGUCUUAAGACAUACUUGAUAGUAAAUUGAUUUUUUAAACAAGUUUUACUAUAUUUGCCACUGAAAAAGUGGUCAAUGCAGAAUAUUCGAAUCAUGUAAUAUAAUAAAAAGGGAUAAGAUAUGUGGUGGCUAUCAUUUAAACGUAAACUAUGUUAUGACUUACAAAAAAUUCAUACUUUUCUUAGCACUAACGCGUUGUUUUUUGUUCCACUAAUCAAGCGAUCGAUAAUUCGUGUCGCGAAACGUAUACUCUCGAGCAAGCAAUAGGAAUGUUUUGUUCAAUAACUAAUUGAAAUAUGUAAGCAUAUAAGUAGGUACACACGUAAUUAAUUUGUUAUAUGAAUGCAACUUGUUACCACUGCAAAGACUGCCUAGGCGAUUGUUUCAUUGAGAACCCUUUCCCUUUGGUGUAUUAUACUAUUUUUCAUCUUUUUAUUGUAAUAUUUUAAUAAUAGGAAAACACACUGCCGAUUAUAUUGUGACUCAAGAGUUUAGGUAACGCGUACAUUAUCGUGAUAGCCAAUUAAUUUUUACAUUAUACUAUACCGCAACUGAAUUUAACUUUACUGCCUGGUGUAUAGUUUUGAUAAAAAAAAAAAGGAGAAAAGAAAACUGUAUAGAACUAAUGAAUAAACACUUUUUUCAAUUUUAAAACGAA